AUGUCGAAGUUAGCGCAAGAGAAGGAACAAAGAUGCAAGGAAAUCGGAGAAAAAUUCUUGAAGGACCUGAACAGCACAGACCCAUCGGAACAAGGUUUUGAUAUCUUUGCUGAGAAACCAUAUAAGAAGAAACCAACAAGACCAACAAGAAAACCACCAAGUGUACCCAAAGGUGUAAAGCCUUGGAGACCAACACCUAAACCAAAAACAAGACCUGUCCCGCUCAUGACCAAAGAGAAACCAGUACCAAAACCUAGAACGAAGAAGGAAACCAACAAAACCAAGUAAUGAAAAGGAACUGCAACCUAAGGUGAUCGAACCUGAGGAGUGUGAAAUAGAUCCAUUUGGAACAGACCUGCAGAAGCCAACCUACGGAAAGAUUGAGACGGCAGCUGAUGGUGCCGCGGUGACGUACAUGAUAUCUCCCACAUAUCUCAAUCCCCAAAGUCAGCUAACCGCAAGCAGACAAGUUGUUAGGGAAAUACUGAGGAAAGAGCUUGGUAGAAUGGGUGGUGUGAAAUACACUGAAACAUUGAAGGUAAGGAUGGUGAAGGACAUAGGAGAAGGAAAGACAAAGAAGGACUCAGUGUACUUCAAGUCUAAGACAGGAACGAUAACGAACCAUGAGGACAUUGAAGCAACGGCUACAUUCAACCAACAAAUCAUACUGUAGAAAUUGGACACCUUUCAGAACCUUGGGAGUAACUGGAGAAUUCUCAACAUUGAAGCUCACUAUGUAAACACAGCAUUGUACAAACCAUUGAGGGGGAGCUCAUAUAUGAAACUGCCGGAGGACAUUAAGAAUCCAAAGAAUGGGCUACUGAAUAUCAAAAAUGGUGAGGACACAAUGUGUUUCAUGUGGUGUCAUGUGAGGCACCUUAGACCGAAAAAGGAUAGGGCAACAACAAUAACACAGAAGGAUAAGGACUUCAGCAUGACUCUGAACUACAGUGGCAUUGACUUCCCAGUCAAGGUAAGUGACAUUGGGAAAAUUGAAAGGAUGAAUAAGAUUAACAUCACUGUGCUCCGUUACAAGGGAAAGAAACAGUUCUACCCGAUAAGAGUGUCGAAAGGAGAAUGUGAGGAUAGCAUGGAAUUACUACUGCUGGGAGACGGUAAAGCUAAUUGCAUUAUGUGCUGAUAAAGGAUGUAAACCGGCUGCUCUUCUCAGUAACAAAGGGAAUGAACAAGAAACACUUCUGUCUACAUUGCUUCCACAACUGUGCUUCAGAGGAACUGCUAGAGAAACACAAGGAGAUGUGCAUUCAAGUGAACGGCACACAGGCAACACGAUUACCUAAGGAGGGAACAAAGAUUAAGUUCAAGAACUAUAAACAUCAAGUUCCAGCUCCCUUUGUCAUCUAUGCUGACUUUGAAUCGAUCCUCUUACCAGACAAGGAAAGGACUCUGGACGAAACUUCUGACGAAAGUCAUACCACAAGAUAUCAGACCCACCAAGCACUACGACGAUGACUGGCAUUCAGGUGAAUACAUAAGUUACGUUGGCAGGGACGCUACAAGGAACUUCAUACAAGCUGUGUUGAAUGAAGCAAGGACAUGUAACAAGAUAAUGAAAGGCGAGUUCAACAAACCGAUGAAACUAACCGAGGAAGAGGAAUAUCAGAAUGCAGACUAUUGUCACAUAUGUGAGAAGUGGUUGGAUGAUAAGGACCCGGUGAGUGAUCACUGUCACGUUCCGAGGAGCAGCACAUAGUAAGUGUAACCUGAACUAUAAGUUGACGUACAAGAUUCCUGUUGUCUUCCACAACCUGAGGGGUUACGACUCUCACCUGAUAAUGCAGGAAAUUGGAAAAUUCGGUCUGGAGGUGAAUGUGAUACCGAACAACAUGGAAAAAUAGAUAUCGUUCUCACUGGGGAAACAACUAGUGUUCAUUGACUCUAUCCAGUUCAUGGCAUCAUCAUUGGAAGUACUUGCAGGAAACCUGUUAAAGGAGGACUUCAAGUUAGUCGGACAGAAGUGGUAAGGAGAGGACUUCGAGUUGGUAACCAAGAAAGGAAUAUUCCCUUAUGAGUACUUGGACGACAUAGGUAAACUGGAUGCUGAGGAACUUCCCUCGACAGACGAGUUCUACUCGACACUGUACGAAUCGGGUGUGAAUGAUGAGGACUAUGAAAGAGCACAGAAAGUGUGGAACCACUUCGGUAUGAAGACGAUGAGAGACUACCAUGACUUCUACUUGGAAACAGAUGUGUUACUACUAGCGGACAUAUUUGAGAGCUUCAGAAUGAUCUGCCUGAGUAACUACAAGCUUGAUCCAGCUCACUACCUAUCAGCACCUGGACUCAGAUGGGACGCGUUCCUGAAACAGUCUGGGAAUGAAAUUGAAUUGGUCAGUGAUAUGGACAUGUUUCAGUUCUUCGAGAAGGGAAUGUGUGGUGGAACCAGUUACAUUGCCCACCGGUACUCGAAGGCUAACAACAAGCAUAUGUCGACCUAUGAUGAGGAAAUGGAAAGCAGCUAUCUGAUGUACCUCGAUGCAAACAAUCUGUAUGGAUGGGCAAUGUCUCAACCACUUCCCAAUGCAGGGUUCGAGUGGGUAGAGGACACUGACAAUAUAAACUUGGAUGACUACUUGGGAAACGAAGGAAGGGGAAUGAUACUGGAAGUUGAUAUGGACUACCCUGAGGAACUUCAUGAUCUCCACAAUGGUUACCCUCUAGCUCCCGAGAGUAAGGAAAUCAAGAAGGAAAUGUUAUCAGACUAUGCGAGGGAAAUUGCUGAGAAAUACAAUGUGUCGGUUGGUGGAAUCAAGAAGCUGGUGACAUCAUUGGGAUCCAGAGAAAAGUAUGUUGUACAUGUAAGGAACUUGAAGCUGUACACAGACCUCAGGAUGAAGUUGACAAAGGUAUGUAGAGCAGUCACAUUCAACCAGUCUAAGUGGCUUGUAGACUACAUUGCAAAUAACACAAAAAUGAGAUCUGCGUCAAAGAAUACCUUUGAGAAGAACUUCUUCAAGUUGAUGAACAAUUCCAUCUAUGGGAAAAUCAUGGAGAACGUGAGGAAGAGAGUUGAUGUGAAACUAGCCACUUCAAAGGAGGAACUGGUAAAAUUAGUGGCGUCACCAUGCUUCCAGUCACAUAGGAUCUUCACACACACAGACAGCUUAAUGUACGAGAUAAAAACAGAUGACAUCUACGAGGACUUCGCAAGGAUCGGUGAGAAGCUAGAUUGUUGGGACAACUCAGAUUACCUGAAGGACAAUCCCUACUACUCAACCCACAACAAGAAGGUUAUCGGAAAGUUCAAGGAUGAGGCAGAGGGUGUUCCGAUAGUAGAGUUUGUUGGGUUCAGAAGUAAGAUGUACAGCUACGUGAAAGAGAAUGGGAAAGGUGGAAUGACAGCUAAGGGUGUGAAGAAGUAUGUCAUCAAGAACAAGCUCACUCACGACAACUUCAAGAAUGUGAUAAGGAAGCGGAAACAGUUGAGACACAACAUGAACACAAUGCGGAGUGUGAAGCAUCAGUUGGGAACCUAUGAGAUAAGAAAGGUGACGCUAAGUUGCUUCGACGAUAAGAGGCACCUGCUUAGUGAUGGAAUCACAAGUUACACGUAUGGUCACAGCAACAUUACCCACAACAAUGAAGAAAGAGGGUUAGUAAGAAUGGACCCAGUGGUGGAAGAAAUGGGACCAGUUGAAGUUGACUCAAUUGAGGAAGUUCCGGAGUACGUGGUACUGUGGACAAGUGUAUGAUUAUUGGUCAGACUCAAGUGAAGAAGGCACCGAAAGCUAAGCGUGUAAAGACUAUGUCUUUUGUGGAAGACAACGAUGAAUACGAGGUUGAUGUGAAGAUGGACAAACGAUGGACUCCAAAGAUGGCAUUGAUAAGGAAGAAAAAAUGUAGGGUCUCCGAAGGCCAGUGCUAUGAAGUGUAUGAUAAACCUGAAAUACGGAAAGUACCUAAGGCUAAGCGAGCAAAGACGAUGACCUUCGUAGAUGAAGUGGAAGAUGUUGUGGUGGGGAUGGGCAAGCGAUGGAAGUGGAAGAUGUUUCUGGGAUGUUCCGCCAAAGGCGGGAUGUCUCAGAAGCAACAGUUCCUAUACUACUUACAACUGCAUGGUUAUGUGAGCAUUUUUUUCUACAAACACAUAAGUUGCAUCCCUACCAAUGAAAGCUUGGUUAUUAUUGGCACCCACACAGACAGUUCAAGAUUUAAGUUUAUAUUCAUUUUGCCCCAAGUAUGUUUCAAUGGAUAUAAACAUGGCUUUUUAAACAAGGAAGGAUGCAAUGAAACCAUGUGA